AUAAAAUUGUGCAUACUUACUACUACAAAAUGGAUUAUGAAUACAAUUAUGUUUAAGUUUUUACUGUAAGUGAAUUCUUGUACAACCUUACCUACCACACUCAUAGCGACUGCCAUACAGAGGGAAAAGGCACAAACCGCUGAAUCCUAUACUUAUGGCAGAGAACGAAGAUCAAUUGGACAGUCAAGACGUAUUGUCUUUAGUUACAAAUAGUUUGCGGACAACAAAGGCUUUAUUUGGCCCUGAAUUCGCGUCUGCACCUACCUUUGACAAAACCCUUGGGCAAAGUACCAAAAGGAGCUUUAAGGAAUCAUUUGAAUAUGGAAAUAUACUAGAAGAUGUCAAUCAUAGAAGAAAAAAUGCUGCUGUCAAGGAAAAAAUUCUUGAAAAUGCACCUAGCAGUGCUCUCACUAUAACGGCAAACCAUACCGACCCAUCUGGUCAAGAGCUAGUUCGUCAGCAAGGUAGUCUUCACGGAAACAAACCAAUCGCUGGUCAUGUUCCUAUGCAGUCAUUAGAGAAGAUUAAUAAUGUUCCCAAUGCUGCUCAUAGACUUGCGCAGGAGUCGCAAGCAUCGUUGGUAAAGCGAACACUAGCAGAGCAAAUCCGUCCAGAGUGGCAUCCUCCGUGGAAGCUUAUGCGUGUCGUAAGCGGUCAUUUAGGAUGGGUUCGUUGUGUUGAUGUUGAACCAGGUAAUGAGUGGUUUUGUACUGGCGCCGGAGACCGAACAAUCAAAAUUUGGGAUCUUGCUUCAGGAACAUUAAAACUCACUUUAACCGGUCACAUUGCAGGUGUUCGUGGUCUUGCUGUAUCACCCAGGCAUCCUUAUUUGUUUUCCUGCGGUGAAGAUAAAAUGGUAAAAUGUUGGGAUCUUGAAACGAACAAAGUAAUCCGCCAUUAUCAUGGACAUUUAUCAGGAGUUUAUGCUUUAAGUCUUCAUCCUACUCUCGAUGUGCUAGUAACCGCUGGUCGUGAUGCAGUUGCUCGGGUCUGGGAUAUGCGAACGCGCCAGAAUGUUCAUGUACUCGCUGGUCAUAAAUCCACAAUCGCAUCCUUGGCUACACAGGAAUACGAGCCUCAAGUGGCUACUGGAUCAAUGGAUUCAACUAUUCGCUUGUGGGACCUGGCAGCUGGUAAAACAUUGACUACUCUAACGCAUCAUAAAAAAACUGUUCGAGCCCUUGCUCUACAUCCUCAAGAAUUUACAUUUGCCAGUGGCUCUUCUGAUAAUAUUAAGCAUUGGAAAUUUCCUGAAGGGGCCUUCAUGGGAAAUUUUGAAGGGCAUAAUGCGAUUGUCAACAGCUUGUCAAUUAAUCCGGAUAAUACUAUGUUUUCUGGUGCUGACAACGGAAGCAUGUGUUUUUGGGAUUGGAAAUCUGGUCAUAAAUAUCAAGAGUUACAAGCUACCGUUCAACCUGGUUCUUUGGAUAGUGAAGCUGGAAUUUUUGCUAGUACCUUCGACAAAACAGGUCUUCGUUUGAUUACUUGUGAAGCUGAUAAGAGUAUAAAAAUCUAUAAACAAGAUGAAAAUGCUACCCCCGAAACUCAUCCUAAUCUACCAUGGACACCUUCUAUUUUGCGGCGGCGUUAUUAAUCCCAGCAUAUAAAGUCUUACGGGCUUGUUUUGUGUGCUGUGGUCUUUUGGUUUGUGUUUGAAAUUGAAUUAUGAGUAUUUUAAUGGUUUGUUGGUAAAAAUAAAACUAGAUGCUUUUUAUAGAGCUUGCAUGAUGUUCCAAGUUGUAUUUCGUUUGGUGUUCAUAUUUUGUUCUAUGAUCAUAUUGGUAUGGUCCGUUCAAACAUUUAAUCUAAUAUGUACAAAACACUCAUGCCAAAUAUCAAAUAUAUCCGUACACCUUUCAGAUGUAUUUGAUUUUAAUCUACAUGCUUUCGUUAUUGCAAGCAACUAUUCUAC